GAGGAGAGAAAGAGGGGGCUCUUGUUUUGUAAAAAGUGUAACAUUCAUGAGUGUUUGUCUGGUAUGCAAGUGGACAGCAGCGAACAUGAGGAAACAGCAAAAAGCAAGUUGUAAGGGGCUACCGAUGGUGUUGUAUUAAUUAAGAGGGUUUGGACUGAAAACAGGCGUGUCAGGUGUAAUCAAGAGUCCAAUAUUCUUGUAUAUAGGACAACGGCUGAUCAUGUCAUCUACAAGCAACAGAAAGCCAAGAAAGGGCCAAAGAAACAUCAGCUAAAGUUGUCCAAGCCAGUCCCUUCCAAGAUAACACAACUGAAGCAAGGAGGAAGAGGGGGAGGAGGGAGAGGGGGACCAUCUGGGUCCCACGGUGAAAGUCUCCACACCAUACGCAGCGGAGAGCUGACCGCCUUGCGUCGAUUUGAAGACAGUGACGACAGUUGUGACUCCAACCCAUUCUCUGACAUGGAGGACGCCUGCCAGGACCUGAUAGCUAGACUCCAUUAGCCCUCACCCCUCUUUCAUAUGAAACAUGUGUGUGAUAUUUAUCAACUCAACAUUCGUUUUCAAUAUUAUUCAGAUCAGGCACCAGAGAAAAAUACGCGCGCGGUUUUGAUGUGUUGUGCGCAUGCGUGAGUACCCGUAUGGUGGGCGUGUAUUAGAGAUGGCAGGACAGCGGACGGCUGCCGAGCUUGUGACUAGAGUCCAGCAGUUAGCGCGGCCGAGAUAUGUCGGCGGCGUGUGGAAGAAGCCGCUGGUCAGCGGGAGAGAAUUAGCGGCCGCGCGCCGUGCAUUUUUGGCCGAGGGCGGCGUGGAAUGGCCGGCCAAGCCACUGCGGGACAGAGGGGCAGACAAACCUUUCAAGUUGAGCCGCAAGGAGCGCGAAAGGGAGCAACGGAAGGUGCUCAUAGAAGAGAACAUGCGUCGGAUGCCGCAGAUGGUGGCGGAGUACCGUAAGCAGCGGCGAGAGCAGAGAGAGGCGGGAAGGAGGGCGAAGGAGAAGACAGAGGAACAGCGAUAUCUGCUGGCCACGGGGAAGAUGAAGGAAGAGGGGCCUCACUGGCAGAUAUUCAAAGACACCAAGAGAUAGCCAAAACUCAUACUCGACCCUAUGCACACACACACACCAUCAAUACCACAUACUGCUAUCGAAUCUUCACACAAUUAAGGAAGUUGCCCAUUGUUUCUGGAAAUAAAAAAUAGAGGAGAAAUUAAAGGGAAGGCAAUAAUGUAUGAGUGUUCCCUCCUAAAUUAAAAUGCUCCCAUAUUUCCCCAUGUCACAUCCCCACAUUUUGUCUUCUCCCCCUAUCUUCCUCCUGCCUGGCGUAAUUCCACCUAUCUCACUCCAGGGAUAUUCAAUGUUUUUUUUGCAC